GUCAAGCGCCGGCGUAGUGACGCUUCUUCAUUUCGACGCUCGUCGACGACCAUUCACAACAGCUGGAGCUGUUAUGGUGUUCGCAACAUUGUUGGUCGUGUCCCUGCUCUUCGCGGGGACACUGCAGUUCCAAUUCAAACACCACAAUAACGACGAAUUGGUGCAAGUGCUGCAAGAUGUCAACAGCAGGUGUCCGAAUAUCACGAGGGUCUACACACUGACGGAGACCAGCGUUUUGGGGCUUCCCUUGUAUCUGAUCGAGUUUUCCACCAAGCCAGGACAUCACGAAAUUAUGAAACCCGAAUUCAAAUACAUAGCAAACAUGCACGGUAAUGAGGUUUUGGGAAGAGAACUUUUAUUAAAGUUAGCUGAUUACCUCUGCGAACAAUACACUGCUGGCAACCCCGAAAUUCAGUCUCUUAUAGAACAGACCCGAAUUCAUCUUAUGCCUUCAAUGAAUCCAGACGGCUGGCAGCUUGCUACUGACACGGGAGGCAAAGACUAUUUAAUAGGACGCACUAAUAACAAUUCGAUUGAUUUGAAUCGAAAUUUUCCCGAUUUGGAUAGAAUCAUGUUCAGCAAUGAAGAAAACCAUAUCGAUCACAAUAAUCAUCUUCUUGCACAAUUGACAAGGCUGAAGGAACCGCUUCAGCCGGAAACGAAAGCCGUAAUUCGACUUAUCAUGCAAAUUCCGUUCGUGCUUUCCGCCAACCUUCACGGGGGUGACUUGGUCGCUAAUUAUCCGUACGAUGAGAGUAAAACCGAAAGACAAAAGGACGAGUAUUCUAAAAGUCCGGAUGAUGAGACAUUUAGGCAUUUAGCUUUGGCUUAUUCGACUCAUCAUGUAGAUAUGGCAAAUCCGACAAGGGGAGGAUGCGGUGAUGCUCACAGUGACCGGUUUGGGAAACAAGGGGGAAUUACCAAUGGGGCUAAAUGGUACAGCUUGGCUGGAGGAAUGCAGGAUUUCAAUUAUCUGUCGAGUAACGAUUUUGAGAUAACUUUGGAACUCGGCUGUGACAAGUACCCACCGGCGUACACUCUUCAGCAUGAAUGGGAAAGGAACAAGAAUGCAUUGAUUAAUUUCAUUUGGCAAAGUCAUAUUGGUAUCAAAGGAAUUGUUUAUGACAGUGUUUUGAAUAGGGGAAUAGCAAAUGCGAUUAUUCAUGUCAAGAAUAUCACGGGUGGACAAGUUAGAGAUGUGCAACAUGAUGUUACUUCAGUUCACGAUGGUGACUACUUUCGCCUUCUCACACCUGGCCAAUACAAAAUCACAGCCUAUAAAGACGGAUAUUUGCCUCAUUCCAGACUAGUAACAGUCACGAACAUUCCCCAUUCAUCUGCUCAAAGAGUCGACUUCGGGCUUAAACCAAUUUCGGUACCACCCUAUGUGAGAAUCCAAGCAAAUAAUUUUAUCGAUGAGAAAGUAGAUAACUACGAAAACAUGCAAGAACCGUGGACAAACUGGGUUAAUAUGAACAGGCAACCGAUAGCAGUUGAAUAAAUAUUUUUUGGAAAUUUCUUUAAGUUUUUUAGGUCUAGGAUGAACCAAACUCUUUAAUAUAAUAAAAAAGAUUAUUUUUGUUAUUUUGGAGUAGUCAAAUUAGUUAGAAUUGAUGGUUUAUAAAACACAUAAAGAUUUAUAAAAUUUAAAUAUGUUCUUAUGUACAAAAAAUGUAAAAUGUUGUGUAUACUGUGAUUAUUUAUUUAAAAUAAAAUUUUAGUCCACUCUU